AUGCCUAAUCACAACGAAGAUGAGUACGCAUACUACGAGAAGGCCAGAGAGGGCUAUCGCUCUCAAGAUGUACGAUCAAUGCCACCUCCGUCGUACGAUGAUGUCAAUCGCUCCUAUAUCAACGGUCCGUUUCCACGCCCUCAAAGCGGCUCCUACACGCAGGGGGGCGCACAUGCAAGCGCGAAUUAUGCGAUCAAUGGAGACAACAGGUCUCCUGGGCCAUCUGGCGUUUCAAGCGGGAGCAACCCCGGAGGCAUGCUGGGUAUGCUGAAGAACAUGGCACCGGGACAAAGCAUCGCGUCCCUCCUCGAUCCCCCGCCUCCGCCGUUUCUACGAGCUCCGCGUCCCGAUUUCCCCUACGGACCAUUUGAGCCCGCAGCUCUGACAAGCCUCGAUGCCCAGCUCGACAAGGGUUUCCCGCCGCUCGCCCCGCCGGUGGCGAGGAUGCCCCAUCCGUUCGCGACGCACGACGUGGCGGACGACGACUGGCAGCGGUUCCUGCACGAUAUCAAGAUCGCUAGCUCGCUCUCGCCGAUCAACCGUGUCGCGGCGGGCGUGGCACCUAUGGCGAUGAACAUAGGCUUGACAGGCUUCCUGGUGUCAAGGGGUAUCGAGAAGCGGAUGAGGGCCAAGAAGAGCGAGGCGAUCGGCCAGCUCAUCGAGCAAUGGAAUGCCCACUUCUUCCACCCGAGACAGAUUUCAGUGGUGCUCGCCGAAGGUUCCAUGGUCUACAGCGGACCUGAGGGCGCUCAGCCCCCGGACAUGGCACAGUACUCCGCUGCGCUCGCGCGCGACGACCACUCCUCGUCGAGCAGCUCGGACGAAGACGUUCCUCAGGGUGUUUCGGGCGGUCGACGGGAACGCCGCGCUGCCCGGCGAGAGAGAAAGGAGGAGCGGAGGGAAGAACGGAAGGCAGAGAAAGCGGCUCGCAAAGCACAGAAGAAGGAGAAGCGGAAGAACAGGCGCGAGCUGUGGCGUUUGAUCAUAGCGUAUAAGCCAGCUGGAGGAUAUUAG